CGCCUCCGCCGCCGCAGCCCCCGCAGCAGCCCCCGCCGCCGCCGCAGCAGCAGCAGCUGCCGCCGCAGCAACUGCAACCGCAGCCACCACCCCCGCCGCCGGUCCCCCCGCAAGCGCCGCCGCCGAUGAAAUCCUCCCCGCCGCCUUUCGUUCCUGCUCAAGUCUCCGUCAUGGAGCACCCGCUCCCGGGGAACAUGUUCGACACUAUGCCGCAUUUCACUCAGCCCAUCAUGCAUCUUCCUCAGCCGGAGAUGCCGCCUCAUCUUCCCCAGCCGCCUGAGCACAGCACUCCUCCCCACCUGAACCAACACGCCGUGGUCUCGCCUCCAGCUUUGCACAACGCUCUGCCUCAGCAGCCCUCGAGACCCAGCAACCGCGCCGCCGCUCUGCCCCCGAAGCCUCCGCGCCCGCCGGCCGUCUCGCCAGCCAUCAGCCAGCAGCCCAUGCUCCCUCAGCCGCCUCUGCCCCAGCCUCCCCAGGUCCUGCUGGAGGACGAGGAGCCUCCCCCGCCUCACCACAGCCUGCCUCUGAGCACCAGCCAGAUGCAGCUCUACCUUCAACAGCUGCAGAAAGUGCAGCCGCAGACUCCUCUUCUCCCUUCAGUGAAGGUCCAGUCGCAGCCCCAGCCUCCCCUGCAGCCUCCGGCGCACCCCGCGGUGCAGCAGCUGCAGCACCAGCCCCAGCAGAGGCCCAUGCACAUGCAACCCAUGCCCUUCCCUUCCCACAUCCCCCAACCGCAGCCACCUCCGCAGCAGCAUCCGCCCCCGCAGCCGCCGCCGCCGCAGCCUCCGCAGCCGGCGAAACCUCAGCAAGUCAUCCAGCAUCACCCCUCGCCGCGGCACCAUAAGCCCGAUCCCUACUCGACCGGUGAGCAGGAGCCGUGGCCGCAGACCCCGCACCCUUUGGUGGACGCAGGGGUGGCUCGGCGUCGUCUCCACGUCCUCCAAGGGCGCUUUGCGUCGAGUAUUGGGCGCCUUGUUGGGUGUCGGCCAACUUGUGUUGGGUACUGGACGCUCUCCGUUGGGCUCUGGGCAUGUUCUGAGUGUUGGCCAGCGUGUGUUGGUACCGGACACUCUCUGUUGGUUGUUGGCCAACGUGUGUUGGGUAGUGGACACUCUCUGUUGGGUGUUGGUCAUCAUGUGUUGGGUACUGGACACUCUCCAUUGGGUGUUGGUCAAUGCGUGUUGGGUCCUGGACACUCUGUUGGGUGUUGGUCAAUGUGUAUUGGUACCAGGAACCCUCUGUUGGUUGUUGGCCAACAUGCAUUAGGUACUGGACAUUCUCCAUUGGGUUCUGGCCAACGUGUGUUGGUACCGGACGCUCUCUGUUGGGUGUUGGCCAAUGUGAGUUGGGUACUGGACACUCGCCAUUGGGUGUUGGUCAACGUGUGUUGGUACCAGACAUUCUCCACUGGGUGUUGGCCAACGUGUGUUGGUACCGGACACUCUCUGUUGGGUGUUGGUCAUUGUGUGUUCGUACCAGACGUCUUCCAUUGGGUGUUGGUCAGCGUGUGUUGGUAGCAGACACGCUCUGUUGGGCGUUGGCCAACGUGCAUUGGGUACUGGACAUUCUCCAUUGGGUGUUGGCCAACGUGUGUUGGUACUGGACACUCUCUGUUGGUUGUUGGCCAGUGUGUGUUGGGUACUGGACACUCUCCACUGGGUGUUGGUCAACGUGUGUUGGUAGCAGACACCCUCUAUUGGGCGUUGGUCAUUGUGUAUUGGUUCCAGACACCCUCUGUUGGUUGUGGGCCAACGUGUGUUGGUACCAGACAUUCUCCACUGGGUGUUGGUCAACAUGUGUUGGUACUAGACACUCUCUGUUGGGUGUUGGCCAACAUGUGUUGGUACCAGACACUCUCUGUUGGGUGUUGGCCAACGUGUGUUGGUACCAGACACCCUCUGUUGGUUGUUGGCCAACGUGUGUUGGUACCAGACACUCUCUGUUGGGUGUUGGUCAUUGUGUGUUCGUACCAGACAUCUUCCAUUGGGUGCUGGUCAACGUGUGUUGGUAGCAGACACGCUCUGUUGGGCGUUGGCCAACGUGCAUUGGGUACUGGACGUUCUCCAUUGGGUGUUGGCCAACGUGUGUUGGUACCGGACACUUUCUGUUGGUUGUUGGCCAACAUGUAUUGGUACUGGACACUCUCUGUUGGUUGUUGGCCAACGUGUGUUGGUAGCAGACACUCUCUGUUGGGUGUUGGCCAAUAUGUGUUGGUAGCAGACACUCUCUGUUGGGUGUUGGCCAACUUGGAGGGAGCUACCACUCCUCUCCAACACAGUCACACCGCAAAGAUCCCAAAUUUGGGGUCUUGACACCAGUGGUGCCAGGCUUGGAGGGAGCUACCGCUCCUGACCAAAAAGACCACGUGAAGAAGAUCCCAAAUGUGGGGUCUUGGCGCUGCCGUUGCCCAAACCUUUGCGGGGGUGGUGGGCUGAGCGCCAUGCUGAGUCCGUGCUGUCAUUUCUGCGUUGUUUUUGCUGCUCUCGUUGCAGGCAGCUCGUAGAGGAGGUCGGGAUGAAUGUUGAUGUGCGUGUUGUUUGCCAGGCACUUCCCUGUUGUCCCAAAGGAUGGGGACCUGGAAAGGGAUCCUCCACGUGGGACAACGCGUCCCACGGCAGCUGGGGACCCCAGUGGCAUCGAGCACCCAUCCCAUGUCCCCCCCAGUGGGAGCAGUGUUCCCAGAGCGGGGGGGGGUGUCUGGGGGAUGUGGAACAGCUCUGAAUUUCUGGGUUUGUGGCUGUGGCGUUGAGGCUCGUUGGUCCAGUGCUGGGCAUGUAGAACCCGCAAAGCUGAGUGUUCCAAGGUUGGGGUCCCAAAAUGUGCAGACCUGAACACAUCAGGUCUGGGCACCCAAAGUGUAACAACCCAAUUCAGGUCUGGGACCCAAAGUGUGCCAACCCGAUUCAGGUCUGGGGGCCCAAAGUGUAACAACUUGAUUCAGGUCUGGGCACCUAAAAUGUGCCAACCCAGUUCAGGUCUGGGCACCCAAAGUGUGCCAACCCAAUUCAGGUCUGGGCACCCAGAAUGUGCCAACCCGAUUCAGGUCUGGGCACCCAAAGUGUGCCAGCCCAAUUCAGGUUUGGGAACCCAGAAUGUGCCAACCCAAUUCAGGUCUGGGCACCCAAAGUGUGCCAACCUAGACGCUCCAGAUGUGGGGACCCGGUGGGUGCCAACCUGCACACAUCAGGUUUGGGCACCCAGAAUGUGCCAACCCGAUUCAGGUCUGGGCACCCAAAGUGUGCCAACCCAAUUCAGGUCUGGGCACCCAAAGUGUGCCAGCCUAGACACUCCAAGUGUGGGGACCCAGCGGGUGCCAACCUGCACACAUCAGGUUUGGGCACCCAAAACGUGGCAACUUGGACACGUCAGGUUUGGGGACCCACGAUGUGCCCCUCGUUUGGGGACCCCAAAUCUGCAAACCUGGUUCGGGUUCGGGGACCCAAAAAGGGCCAACGUGGGGAUUGUUGGAACCGAGCUGUGCCAACCUGGUCGCGUCAGAUGUUUGGGUUCCGCGUGCCGUGGCCGCGCCGUGGGUCACGCCGUGGGUCAUGCCGUGACGCCCCGGAUUUGCUGCUUUUUGCUGAAGCUUUUGCCAAAAAAACGCAAGUUUUUACAUGAAACAGGAGCGGCUCCCACAGCCCGGAGCGCUCCUGGGGGUGCACCCCAAAGGGAGCAGCCCCUCCACAAAAUCUGAAGGAGCGAGAUGGGCGCAAGCUGAGCCCCAGAACCACGUCCUGGGCUCAGUCUGGGGCAAAUCACAGCGAAUUCGGGGCUUCUUCUUGGAGAGGCCGUGGCUGUUCUGGGUGGAGGGGCCGCCCGGUUCGGCAGCACCGCGUGUCCGCCGAGGGGUGACAUGGGUCAACAGC